AUGCGCUUCUCAUUCGCGAAGCCGCUCCUCUUGCUGGGCGCUCUCGCGUCCUAUGUCACCACCCCGGUUAUGGCUGCUGAGCAGAUGCUCGUCUCAAAGUCGCUCAACACUUGCCAGGAUGACUCAAGUUUCACGGCCAGUUUGUUCAAUGUCGUCUUCACCCCUAACAACGGAAGUGCCGCCAUCAACAUCGUCGCCGUUUCUUCCGUCCAGGGCAGCAUCGUCUUCGAUGUUGCUAUUUCCGUCUACGGUUACGAAUUCAUGAGACGCACGGUCGACCCAUGCAGCAUCAACCUCGCUGGUCUGUGCCCCAUGACUGCAGGAAAGAUCACCAUGAACUUCAACCUCCAGGUUGGCGAAGACGCUGUCAGCCAAAUCCCCGGAAUUGCUUACAACAUCCCCGAUCUCGACGCCACCGUCAAGGUCUACGUUAACAUGACCGACACCAAGGACAGUGUGGCUUGUGUCGAGGCUGACAUUUCCAAUGGAAAGACCGUCGACUUGAUUGGCGUCAAGUGGGCUACUGCUAUCAUCGCUGGCCUCGGUCUGAUUGCUUCCGCCGUUGUUUCUGGUCUUGGUCACUCCAACACCGCCGCUCACGUCGCCGCCAACACCCUCUCUCUCUUCGGCUACUUCCAGUCCCAGGCCAUUGUGGGUCUCACCGGUAUCCAUCUGCCUCCCAUUGUGCAGUCGUGGACUCAGGACUUUGUUUGGUCUAUGGGUAUCAUCCGCGUUCAGUUUAUGCAGGAUAUCUUCACUUGGUACCAGCGAGCUACCGGCGGAACCCCGGCGACUCUGCUCAACUCUUUGACGACCACCUCCGUGCAGGUUGAGAAGCGAUCUUUGGAUUGGGCUAUGUCUGCCGCCAGGAUGGCGAAGCGUGGCAUUGACGUUGGCAUGUCCUCCAUCGCUAGACGAGCCAACAUUCAGCUUUCUUCCGGCAGCUACAUCGUCUUUGGUAUUCAGCGAGUCGCAUUCAGGGCGAAGAUCGAGUCCACCAACCUGUUCAUGACCGGCUUGGCCUUCUUCUGCAUCUUCGUCAUUUUUACUGUCCUCGGUGUUGCCGCCUUCAAGGGAUUCUGCGAGCUGGCUGUUAGACAAAAGUGGAUGAAGAGCGAAAAGUUCCUCGAAUUCCGCAACGGUUGGUUCACUGUCCUGAAGGGUAUUCUCUUCCGCAUGACCCUCAUUGGUUUCCCUCAAAUGACCAUCUUGUGUCUUUGGGAGUUUACCCAGGUCGACUCUGCGGCUGAAGUUGUUCUUGCCGUUUUCUUCCUUUUUGGAAUGGCUCUCACUCUCGGCUGGGCUGCUGCUAAGGUGGUCCGCAUCGCUCGCCGCUCCGUCGCCAUGCACCGAAACCCGGCCUACAUCCUGUUCUCCGACCCCCAGGCCCUGAACAAAUGGGGUUUCCUCUACGUCCAGUUCCGCGCAUCGGCGUACUACUUUAUUAUUCCUGUUCUUGGCUACACUGUUGUCAAGGGCGCUAUCGUCGCCUUUGCUCAGCGCAGUGGAACUGUUCAGGCCAUUGCCUUCGUCAUUAUCGAGGCUGGAGCUUUGAUCGCGGCCAGUGUUCUGCGACCCUGGAUGGACAAGAGCACCAACUCGUUCAACAUUGCCAUCUGCGUCAUGAACUUCCUCAACGCUGUGUUCCUGCUCAUCUUCUCCAACGUCUUCGGCGCUCCGGCCCUUGUCAACGGUGUCGUUGGUGUUGUUCUCUUCAUCGCCAACGCAGCCUUCUCCUUGAUUCUUUUGCUCCUGGUUAUCGUCAGCAGCACUCUGAUCUUCUUCCGCAAGAACCCCGAUGCUCGCUACCAGUUUAUGGCCGAUGACCGCGCCUCCUUCAUGAAGUCUCAGACGCAGCUGAACACUACGACUGAGCUCGAUGCGCUCGCCGCUACCGCGAGAGGCGACAAGGCUCACUACAACAAGGGUCUCGACCUCGAUGAUGACAACGACUCCAUCUCGUCCGAAUCUAUGCGUCGCCGUGCCGACCCGUCGGCUGUUGCUUUGCCGCCUUCUACUGCGCAGUCUCACAACUCGCAAUCUCAGCAGUCUUUCCAGCGCCAGCAGAACCAGGGCCACCAACAACACUCUCCAGUGGACCCUUCAGUGCCUCUAUUCCCUGCCAACGCCGGCCCCUACGGCCAGCCCCCGACACGCACACCGAGCCCGUACAACGGCUCAGGGUCAACACUGGCUGCCAACCAAUAUAGGCAACAGAACAACGGCAGCCCUGCCCAGUACAGGCAACAGAACAACGCUAGCCCCUGGCAGCGUGGAGCUGGAUACGAGCACUAG